AUGAACUUCUAUUCAGAAAGCAACACAAGCCUAAAAGCCUCAUCCGUCUCUCAUAGUGAGACUUCGACUGAGUGCAGCUCAUCCUCUUCAAAACCACCCUCACUCCACUUCCCUAAUUUAAAUUGGAACAAAAAAUCCUGAAGGGAGGCUAAUUUAUUUUUUCAAAAUGACUAAAAAUUAUAUAUAAAUUGAAAGGAAUAUUUUUUAUUUUAAAUUAUUUUAUGAAGAAUCAAUUCUAAAUCUAUUUAAAUAAUAUUCUACUACUUAAACUUUUGUUAUUGAAACAAAAUUGUUCCAAUUUAAAGGGGGUUAAAGUACCCAAAAAAAGAAAAUUUUACCCAUAUUUUGUUCCAAUUUAAAGGGAGAGGGAGUCAGGAAAGAAAGCCAAGGCCGCAGAAAAAAAUUUCCUUAUGAAAUUCAAGACCGAGAUAUGCAAAAAUUGGGAAUCAGGGAUUUGCGAAUUUGGUGACAGGUGCGUUUUUGCUCAUGGAGGACAUGAAUUAAGAGAGAAAACAGAGACAGGAAAGAUCCCUAAGGCAAAAGAAUGCAAACAAUAUAUUGAACAUGGGUAUUGCCUUAAUGGAACCCAAUGUAUGUAUUCACACAAACUUUUAUCAUCUGACACAGCAUCAUCCUCCCCAUCAGGAAGCAAUAGCUCAAGCAGGAAAAAUUCAGAGGAAAAAUGCAAAAGUAAAUUACCUAUUUUUAUAGAAUUAGAGAGUAGACCAUUCUCGAGCUAA